AUUGCCCAAUCAUACAAACAUUUGGCAAAGUACAAGUGGACAACCUGUAAGAGAAGGCCAGCUCCUGAUCCUUGUUCAAUCUAUGUAUUCAAGAACAAAUUUGCUACGAAAGCAUUAGAAUCAGAAUUGACUGAUCAAUUGUUAAUUUGCCUUCUUCUUUUUCCAUCCAUUUGUCAAGAAGGGUGAGCCAAAAUCCUGAAAGUUGUUCUUCCACAUGCAAUUGAAUUGAGAUGCUCUUCAACAAAAAUUGCUACUCUUGGCUUUUCUUGGUCAACCCAUUAGAGAGCUGAGACCAUCCUCUCCAAGAUUCAUUCUUUAUCGGUUUAUUGAGGAAGGGAGGGAAUUUUUUUUUUUUUUGGGAACUUCAAGUAAGAGAUUUAUUAGGGUUCAAGAGACUCGAGUCAAGAACAUUGAUUUUUAAGUUUAAGUGGGAUUUAUUUCAGCUGCUUUUUUUUCUCCUGGUAAUAGCCUCUAUCGAUGCAUCCGCAGUUCGAUCUUUUAUUUCCUCCCUUAAUGGUUCCAGUAGAACGAACAAUCUAUUACUUCUGGUGAUGUUCAGGAGCUCUGUAACAUGUCCUGUGUAAUGGCUUCUGUUAGAUAUUUUUAGGUGGAUGUAUCAUGAAUAUUGAAACUGUUGCAUUGGAAUCCUAGUAGACAAGUACAUAUUAUCUUUCUAAAGCCAUUGUUCAGUUCAUGAAUCGUUAAGGUCAAAGAGGCUAUUGAACAAAUUAAUAUUGACAACUGAAUCAGCUGUUUAGGUCAGAAAAUAUGCUUUUGAAGGACUUGAUUGAACUUCUGCUUUCUUGUCUUUGUAGGAUUCUAUAUUUGCUAUUUAAACCAGUUUAAAAUGUGAAGCUUCCUCCUUUCUUCUGUAUAGUUACAGAUUUAUCUCUUUUCAGGUGUUGUGGAGGAUUAUUACUUGAAAAGAAUUUGAGGCUACGUAAAUUGUCUCUCUCAUUACUUCUAUUAUUGCUUCUAAUCUUUACAGGCUUAGUGCAGUUUUUGGAGGCCCGUUCCUGAUUGCUAAGUGGUGUUGCAUGCAGCAAAAAAUAAAUUUUUCACGCUUUACAGUACAUGGAGGAAUUCCAGACUAGUACCACAGAUACUGAAGUAACACAGUGGAGCUUCCAUUUUUUUCUUCUUCCUGAAAUCUCGUUCCAACUUCCAAGCAUAUUUUUACAGAAAAAUAGUUUGAGUUCCAAGUGCAGAUUGCCAGUGCUUUGGGUAGCCAGCCCAAAUUGUAAGAUCAUAAACCAAGCUCAAGUUGUAGAUCUUUAAGUCAAGCGACUGACGGUUUAACUCAUCAACAGCUUGAACUUUUGUUGCUGACUUGCAGCACCUUUUUCCGGCCCUCAGAUGGGAGAUCCAAGCUCUGUACAUACGGUGGAUGAAGCCCUUUCGACUAUUGGUUUCGGAAAUUUCCAGACGGUUUUGCUUCUUUAUGGUGCACUUGGAUGGGUUGCAGAAGCAAUGGAAUUGAUGAUUCUCUCCUUCAUUGGACCUGUACUUCAGUCUGAAUGGAGACUCUCUUCUAGUAAAGAAAGCCUCAUAUCAACAGUUGUUUUUGCUGGCAUGUUGAUUGGCGCAUAUUUGUGGGGUCAUAUAUCAGACAACUGGGGAAGAAAGAAGGGAUUUCUUGGGGCAGCUAUACUUAGUGCCGGUGCUGGACUGUUGAGCGCUUUCUCACCAAAUUACAUAACAUUCGUCACUUGUCGAUUUUUUGCUGGGAUUGGUUUAGCAGCUGGAUACUUAUUUACAUCAUGGUUCUUAGAGUUUGUCCCUACUUCAAACAGAGGUUCUUGGAUGAUGGUUUUCUCAAGUUUCUGGACAGUUGGAACAAUAUUUGAAGCGUCUCUUGCAUGGAUUGUCAUGCCAAGAUGGGGAUGGAGGUGGCUACUUGUGCUGUCUUCUGUGCCAUAUUUUCUUGUGCUUCUGUUUUACAAAUGUGUACCCGAGUCUCCACGGUAUCUAAGUGCAAAAGGUAGACUGAAAGAAGCACAUGAAAUUUUGGAGAAAGCAGCACAGCUUAACGGAAUGGAACUUCCCUCUGAUACCCUUGUUUCUGAUCAAGUCAAGAACUUGGAUGAAGGAUUGUCUCUUGUGGGAGAGACACAGUUGCUUUCCUCUUCGCAGAACGAACUACUUGAACCUAGAAAUAGAUGCCGGCCGCCAACCCUACUAUCACUCUUUUCACAAAAAUAUAUCAGAACAACUCUUCUACUGUGGUUUUUAUAUUUUGCAAACACAUUCUCAUAUUAUGGCGUUAUAUUGCUGACUUCUCAGCUCAGCUCCAUGGUAAAUAAAUGCGGAUCAAUCACCUUCCUUUCAGUGGGAAGCUAGGAUUCUCGCCUUUAUAUAAAUGUCUUUCUUACAAGUUUGGCAGAGGUUCCUGGACUUGUUUUAGCAGCAUUUAUAGUGGACAGAGUUGGUCGCAAAGUCUCCAUGGUGAUCAUGUUUACUCUAGGUUUCAUACUCCUACUUCCACUAGUAGUCCAACAAAAUGGAGUAUUGACUACAGCUCUGUUAUUUGGAGCACGCAUGUUUGUUUCAGCUACCUUUGAAGUUGCUUGUGUUUAUGCCCCAGAGGUAUAUCCUACUGAUAUCAGAGCAAGUGCCGUCGGGCUUACAACUUCUAUAGGAAGAAUUGGUGGCAUGCUAUGCCCUCUUGUUGCCGUUGCGUUGGUCAGUGAUUGCCAUCAAACAGCAGCAGUCAUUCUGAUCUUGGCAAUGAUAUUUCUUUCAGCAGUCUCUGUCGCAUUUUUGCCAUUUGAAACAGGGGGAAGAGACUUGUCUGAGUCUGUGCAUCAGCCCGUAGUUGAAUAGAUGGCCGAACUCUUUGAGAGUGUGUGGUAUUGUAGCCUCAAUAAAUUUUCAUUUUGGCAAAAUAUGUUUUUCUUAGUUGCCAUCAAUAAGUCCCUGUUGUCCGUUAUCUCCCUGUGCUCCUAUUACUUCAGACUUGGAAGUAGUUUAGGAUCUUGGAUCCCUGUUUGUUCUUGUCUUUCUAUACUACCAUAACGUUGAGACUUGAAAGCAGUUCAGAAUUCAUACGUCUGCAGUACUUUUCCUU